UUUGCUUGUGAAAACAAAUCAUAUUAUCACGAUGCUAUUAUAACAUUUUAUACAAAGUUCAAGAUAUUUAUAUCACAUAUGCAAGUUUAGGGUGAUUUCUUUAGUAUCAUUCAAUAUUUGGGGUAUUAGAAUUAGUUGUCCCUAUAAACUAAGAUGUUUGAAAAGCAUACGUAUAAUCGUUUUAAAGGUUCUUAACGAAUAAAGAUUAAAAAGUAGCAACUUGGGGUGGUGGCGCAGUUGGCUAGCGCGUAGGUCUCAUAGCUUCUGAGUUAUCCUGAGGUCGAGAGUUCGAGCCUCUCUCACCCCAUCUAUAUUUUUUGUGUUUUCUCCACCGAAUUUUUAAGCCAUUACGCAUUUGUAAAGUUGGUCGAUUUAUUACGAGGGUGAGGUAAGGCUUGGUUGCCAAAGAGAUAAGAAAUCUGUUGGAUUUGGAUUUGGGUUUUGAAGUUAUACACAAAAAAUGAUACUCCGUAUUUACUCAAUGAGAAACCUUGGCCGCAUGUACUCAAUAAUCGGGUAGAAAACUGAUUUGAAUGUCUCAAGUUAGACUUUUUAAUUGAGUUGAGGUGUUAAUUGAAGUCUAGAACCGUGUUCUUCUCAAAUGGAUAAUUUGGAAAUCAGCACCCCACCUCCCCCAUACUGAAAAGUAUGUGAACAAUAGUAGAUGGGAAAGGCAGUGACCUCAGUCGGAAGAUUAGUUGUGCAACAGAACAACCCCAUUUCUGUUGCGAAUAAAACUUCGGGUUCCCAGCAGCUUCAAUCCGUUUACGCAUUCAUUAUCAGCGGUGGCCGGCUCACAGGUUUCGUAUUGCAGAAUAACCAUUCGGUCUCUGUUCACAACCUGCUUAACAAAUUAUCAGCUCCCAAGCAUUUCGAAUCUCUAUACGGAUUGAUCACCAUAUUGGGUUUAAGCAAAGACUGCUUACUUUUGAAUCGGCUCAUCGUUGCAUCUGCUGUUUAUGAUGCCGAUUUCGCCACUCACAUCUUGUCUCAAAUGGGAAUUCCCACCGUGUUCGCUUACACGGCAUUGAUGCGGUCAUUUGUCCAUUCCAACCGACCGCUCAGAGCUUUAGAAUUGUAUGCUGAAAUGCUGGAGGCCCGGUUUAGCCCAAACAGCUACGCGUUUUCCUCGAUUGUUAAAAGUUGUACUUUACUCUGGGCUUUAGAGGCGGGAGAAUCUGUUCACGGACAGGUUUGCAAACAUGGGUUCGAAUCACAUGUUCAUGUCUUGACAUGUUUGGUGGAUUUCUAUUCCAAUCUUGGCAAGGUGUUUGAGUCCAGGUUACUGUUUGAUGGAAUUCCUGAAAGAGGGAAAGAUAGUGUUUUGUGGAGUGCAAUGGUUUCAGCCCUGGUGCGUGAGGGGGAUAUGAGUUCCGCCAGGGAGGUGUAUGAUAAAAUGCCUGAGAAAAAUACUGCUUCUUGGAACACCAUGAUUCACGGCUAUGCUAGUGUUGGUGAUGUUGAAUCUGCUGAGCUGUUGUUCAAUAAGAUGCCACAGAAGAAUUUGAUCUCGUGGACUACAAUGAUCAAGUGUUAUAGUCAUAACAAGAUGCAUAUGAAAUCUUUAGAACUUUUUGAGGAUAUGAACAAACAAGGGAUUAAACCGGAUGAAGUGACCAUGACAACUAUCGUUUCAGCUUGUGCCCAUAUUGGAUUCCUGGAUUAUGGCAGGGAAAUGCAUCUAUAUAUCACCCAAAAUGGGUUUGAUCUUGACUCUUAUAUCGGGUCUGCUUUAGUAGACAUGUAUGCAAAGUGUGGGAGCUUGGAGAGGUCACUAGUGGUCUUCUUGAAGCUGAAGGAAAAGAAUCUUUUCUGUUGGAACUCUGUGAUUGAUGGGCUUGCAGUUCAUGGCUAUGCGGAGGGAGCAUUGGCAAUGUUUGAUAGGAUGGAGAAAGAAAACAUAAGGCCAAACAGUGUUACCUUUGUAAGUGUUCUUUCAGCUUGUUGUCACGCUGGAUUGGUUGAAGAGGGUCGAAGGCGGUUCUUUGACAUGACCUUUGAAUAUAAAAUUCUUCCGAGAGUGGAACACUAUGGUUGCAUGGUGGAUCUUUUAUGUAAAUCUGGUUUGUUAGAAGAGGCCUUUGAAGUAAUAAAGAGAAUGCGAAUGGAACCUAAUGCUGUUAUUUGGGGUGCUUUGCUGGGUGGUUGCAGGACCCAUAAGAACUUUGACAUGGCCAGAAUUGCCCUUGACAAUUUGACCAUCUUGGAACCAAACAGUACUGGAAAUUACGCCCUUCUACUUAGUAUGUAUGCUGAAGCAAAUACAUGGCCUGAAGUGUCAAGGAUCAGAGCGGAUUUGAAGGCAUCUGGUGUUGAAAAGGAGUUUCCAGGAUCCAGUUGGAUUGAAGUGGAAAAGACAGUUCAUCAAUUUUCUGCCUGCACUACUUGUCAUCCGGCUUCCCAAGAAAUUUACUCUUUACUAGAUGGAUUAAUCGGCCUACUUAAGCAAGUUGAAUGUGUAACGGAGGCUGGAUUUGGUUUGUAAUGAUUUUGGGGCAGACUAGGUCAAUAGUGAUUGUCCGCUGAUAGAUAUUUUUGUUGCAUGAUAAAUGGUGGAAUCAUCCACCCUAGACGUCCCUCUCAAACAAUUCUGAGUAUGGUGGUUUAGACUUUAGGACCUCGUGCACACAAGGAACCACUACAUUGGAGAUGAAACUCUUUCGGUAUCGUUUCAGGAAUUGAACUUGAGAGCUCAACACAACAAUCUCACUUCCCGUGCAAUUGCAUGAGAAAAUAUCAAUAUUGGGCAAGUGGUAGAUGAAUUUCCUCAUGAUGCAAGGCUGCGACGGAUUACAAAUAUACGAAGUACGUAGUAUGUAACAGGGGCACUAACUCAUGUAAUUUAAACUUAUACGGAGUAAUUCAUUAUGUAUAUGAUUUAGCCUAAAAAAAAAUUAUGUGAUUACAUUUAAAGCAAGAAUGUAAUAUUUUUAAUGCAUUUUUGUAUUGCAAAAUUUAACAACGGUAUGUCACACUUAAUUCACUAAAUAUCUCUUUAAAACUA